AUGUCGAUGGACGACAGCAAAAAAUUCUCAAGAACCGCACUAGAAGAUGUCCGUGAAGGGAACGCAGACAUCAUCUACAAGUGGGACACCAUUAGCUGGUCAUUCCUCAGAACAUUAUCAGAGUUCCGCAUAUUCCAAUCGACUGAUCCGAGGGACAAGGUGUAUGGCCUGAUCGGUCUUAUUGGAUCUGAGGCAGACGGUGGUUCAAUGGUGCCAGACUACGAGAAGAGUGCUGCUCUCGUUUUUGCUGAGACAGCAUUACAUACCAUCACCAGUACUAAGCACCUACUGGUCUUUGCGGACGUAGUACAUCGUCCAGAUUACGACGGAGAGGACGGAUACCGGUCAUGGGCACCACGCUGGGAUCUUCCUCUUCUCGCUGCUCGGAUAGGCAGCCAAUUUGUGGUUCCUGGAUAUGGCGCCUGUAGCGGACGUGAAGCCCAGAUCGUCGAUACAAAAGGUCCGGGGGGCGAGCAAUUAUGUCUCACCGGAAUAUUUCACGCCAAAGUAACCGCAUUCGAUAGCAUAUUCGACAUAUUCCAUUACCCUAACUCUAAUAGACUACGAAUGUAUCACCAGGUCGUUGAGCUUUACGAAGGGAUCGAUUGGAACGAUCCCAUGAGCGACAAGACCUUACCUGUGCUAGCUCGGACACUAACUACUGGUUUUAGCACGGUAAACCAAUCUCUCGACUCGCUUGAUGAUCAAUCACUCUGCGCCCAUUACGAGGCAUUCAGACAUUAUCUAGAGUGGUGCCGUGACCCAAAGGCGAAUUCUGACAGCUUGAGUGGCGACGCACUUCAAUACCACGAGAAAGUAAAGGUCCAUUGCCACGGCUACCGCUUCUUUUGGACAUCCAAGAAAGACUACGGCAUUGGCCCAGGGUGUAUGCGUGAGGGUGAUAUUGUCGUGGUGUUUUACGGGGCCGAUGCGCCAUGCGUGUUACGACCGAAAGGCGACAAAUAUCUCAUGCUAGGCGAAGCCUAUGUCGACAGCAUCAUGAAUGGCGAGCUCGUAAGGGAAGUUGAGGAAGGGAUACGACAAGAGCGAGAAUUCUGUCUCAUCUAG